UUUGACACUCACCACUACUGGCGUAGGACACCCUCGCACUCUCCCCUGCUUCCAUCCACGGCUUCGUCUUCGGUUGCGGACAGGACAACGAAGGUCUCUUCGGCAGAUCCGACGGCCUCAUCGGCCUCGCUAAGGACCGCCUCUCCUUUCUCAGCCAGCUCUCUACAAUCUACGGUAACUCCUUCUCCUACUGCCUGCCUUCCUCCGCCGGCACCGGCUACCUCUCCUUCGGCUCCUACACUCCUGCAAACCUCGCCUUCACCCCCAUGGUCUCCUCCUCCCUCGACAAGUCUCUCUAUUUCUUGAAGCUAACAGGUAUAACAGUCCAAAGCCGGAGUCUUUCCGUCUCCGCAUCGGUGUACGCCGGCACGCCGACGAUCAUCGAUUCAGGGACGGUAAUCACGCGGCUGCCGGAUGAGAUCUAUGCGGCGUUGAGUAAGGCGGUGGUGACGGCAAUCGGAAAGAAGAGGCGGCGGGCGGCAGCGUACUCAAUCUUAGACACGUGUUAUGUGGGGAGUGGGGUGGGGAUGGCCGUGCCGGACGUGCAGUUAGUAUUCGCCGGAGGGGCGGUGUUGAAGCUGCCGUCGAGAAAUGUGAUGGUGGAUGUGGAGAAGGGGAGGACUUGUUUGGCUUUUGCAGCGGCGGGAGGAGUGGCGAUUAUUGGGAAUAGGCAGCAGGAGGGAUUUAAGGUGGUGUAUGAUGUGGGGAAGGGGAGGAUUGGGUUCUCCGCCGGCGAGUGCGGGUGAGAAUUUGGGGCUGAUAUUGGAUUGGAGGGUGGAGCUGUAAAUAGCCAAUUACCUCGUAAGUUCAUAGGUACGGUGCCGCACUCUGCAAUAAUUGGGAUGAAUAUUAUUAAAUUUAUUUUUAUUAAAUAAAAUUAGGAGUGGCUCAUCACAAUCGUUUAGAGUGGAUUGCAAGGUUGAAGUGGGUGCUUUGUGUGUAAUUAGUAGGGUGAUAGAUUGGGGGUAUAAUUGUAAGUGGAUGAAUUUGUGAUUUUUAUUGAAUUAAAAAUGGAAAUGUUAUUUACAUUUUUUUUAAUUAAGAUAUUUUGAUGUUAUAAA